AUGUCCAUACGAACUGCACACAAUAAUACCGAUGAUCAACUACCAGAUGCCGAAGCGGCACCAAUGGAGGAGGAAAUUCAUUUGUUAACUUCAAGUGACAUCUGUGUUGCUGGUGAAGUAGAAGUGGGUUCAAUUUCCGAUGAAAAUGUUAUUCCGUAUAUCCCGGAUACCUUAAACCGUACCUCCAUCAAUAUUGGCAUUGAAAAUGACCAUAAUUAUUGCGCAAAUGUUGAAAAUAUAAUUCAAUGCAUGGAACGAUUAGUAAUCGUCGAAGAAGAGAAUCGGGAACUUAAAAAGAAGCUUCGAAUGAAGCAGAAGCAAACUUGGGCUUUGAAAGCAAACAUUAGAGCUCUUCAAGAAGAAUCCAAGAAACUUAAAUCGGACUUACUGUUGCGAUCAUCAAACCUUGCAGAUCCCAUGCUUAUGGAGCUACAAAAGAAUAAAAACAGGAAAACCCGUGGCGCAAGAUUUUCAGAUAAGAUGCGAAACAUGUCUAUCAUACUGCAUUAUUGUUCCAGCAAGGCCUAUCGGCAGAUGCGAAAAAUUUUCACAUUACCCUCUGUUGAAACUAUAAAACGAUGGCUAUCCAGGUUGAACAUCAAAGAAGGAUUUUCGUCGACGAUUUUACAGCUCCUUAAAUUCAAAGUAGCUGGUCUGCCAGAGGACGAGAAACUGGUCACUGUAUUUAUCGACGAGAUGAGCGUUUCACAACGUCUAACAUAUGUUGCAAAUUCUGAUCCCGAUUAUUUCAUGGGAUUUCCCACGAAAGUUGGGAAAGAAACUGUCAAUAUGAACCAAAGAGCCAGUGCAGCCCUUACCAUUAUGGUGAAAUCCAUCAAAUCAGGAUUUAAGCAGGCCAUUGGUUAUUUCUUUAAUACCAGUUCAUUGAAAUCAGAGCGGUUGCAGAAUAUCGUCAACGAAGGUUUGAAGCUGGAAGCACAGUGUCCGAAGCUACCAUCUCAGUCACGUAAACCUUAUUUUAUCGAUGGAUGGUUAAUUUAUAUUUCGGCUAUUGAGGGGUUGUGGAAAGAUCUUCAGAAUAACCAUGGUUUCUCAUUUUUGAGAACCAGAAAUUUGUCUCAAGAUUGCCUCGAACACUUUUUCUCGCUCAUACGAUGGAAGAACUGCAAUAAUAACCACCCAGAUCCCAGCAAAUUUUCAUCAGCUUAUAAGUCCAUUUCGUGGACCGUCUCGGACGAAAUUGACGUCGUUGAAAUACACAAGAAAUAUCAACGGGCCGAGGUGGCUACCUUGCGGAAUACCCGAAGUGGCAGGGAACGAAGGAGAUCGGCAGUCAUCGAUUGCAACUUUCAACUGACGAUCAGAUACAUAGGAUGCGAACCAUCGAAGGAGACUGCCGUUUAUACCGAGCCGAGUCUAUCCAGUUUGACGAUCGUUAUAUAG